AUUUCGAAGUGAUGGAGUUGGUGUUGUGAGUUGUGCGGUAGAUGUCAACAAUUAAAAUAUGAAUCUGUUAUAGGUUAUAGCUGCAUUGAUAGUGUAAUGCAGUGUGGCCAGCUGCAUGGGGGCUUCCUCUCAUUGUGUCCUGCAAUUGUGGACAAAUGGUGUCUAGAGGAUGCAUCGUACUCUGAGAACAAGAAAUACGGUGAGACCGAACUCCUCGGUCUCUCCGUCAGGGGAAGGACAAAGAAUGGCAGAGGACACACAUCCUUACACGGACACCGAAGACCAAAUUCCAGCUUCUGUUAUCAGCAGUGUCGGAGCUGUAAAGCUGCCUUACUCUUGCACACAAGCUAAGUCGACUCUGUCACAAUCCACUGUCAACUCAGGACUUUCCAAUGUCAGUUCAAUAAUUUCAACACCGGUAUCUACCAAUGAUGACAGGAAUAGGAGUAGUGGUAUUGUGACAACCAGUCAACAAAAUGCAGAUCAGGACAAGAAUAAAAUAGAGGCUAAGAAGUUGCCGAAGAAAAGGAAGUUUGAUCCAGCAGAAUUUCAAGAAUGCACUCCAUCACAAACUAAUGCAAUAUCUGUUGUGCAUUCUCUAGCUGAUAAAGUUUCUUCGGAAAAUCCUGUAAUUGUUAUACCUCCCCAAUCUACAGCUGUAGAUUAUUCCUAUGUAGCUAAACAUUCUAAUGUAAUAAGUGGUUAUCAACAUAAUUACAAUGAGGCAACGGAUACCAUGACAGAACACAGUCUGAUCGAAACCAGAUCAGAAAUAGAUUUGAGUGAAUGGAAAGAUCAUAGGGUCUUAGCUAAACAUGAAGGGGUCUAUAGGCCUGGUGUUAUAAAAAGUGCGGGGGGUUACGGUGAAGUGAUUGUAGAACUGGAUAACAGGGAAAAUAAUCCUUUAUGUUAUCAAGAUGUCCUCGGUCUGGGCAAAUACAAUGUGAUAAGCGAUGCUUGUCCUCCGACAGAGCAGGUUUCUAUCGGUUCUCAAGUUUGCGUUCGGUUUGAUGGUACCUUAGUAUAUCAUGAAGGAGUAGUUGUGAAAGUGGUUAGUGGACCUACUAGAUUUUUUGUUAGUUUGUUGCAUUCACAAGAUGAAAUUUCUGUGAAGCGUGCCGAUAUUAGAUUGCUCUUGCCUCCUUGGUGGGACGAGUUAAAAGAUCUCAGUGUGAUAUCUAGUGGUGCUGUGAUUGAAAAUGGUUAUAACAGUGAUGUUUAUGAACAGCAAAGAUCCCAGAUGGGAUUAUCGCCUAUGCAUCCAACGAUACAAGUGCAUCAACUGGUGCCUCUGAUACAACCUACCGACGGUUACUACCGAUGUGUCGCCACGUCGCCGUUACAGCCGCACAGUCUGCCGCAAGGAGCAGCAUCCUCGUCUUCCAAUGCAGGCGCACAAACUUGUUCCAAUUCCAACGUUGGCAGUUCCGUGGUUGUUGUAUCAGCUGGAGGCGUCCUAAGUCAUGUGCGCCCAACUGGAGCAGAGGAUCUUAGACGAAGGAUGAGUGGUACAAUCUGCUCCAGCAGCGGAUUGGCUACGCCAACCGUCGUUUUGCCAACGCAAGUUGCUGCUGCAGUUUAUGACGAGUUUUGCGAAAGCGAGGACGAUUUAAGGAACGAGGAUAUAUUAUUCAACACGGAAACAGAUGGUGGAAAGUUGUCCGGCAGUAGUAAACGCAGCAGUUUGCAGAGUAGAGGCAGCACGUCCAGUUUGAUCGAACGCAGUAUCACACCCAGAUCUCAGCCGGCCACUCCCAGGUCACAAGCGGCCACACCUCACAAGUACAAAAAGGGUGAUGUUGUAUCGAAUCCAAGCGGUAUACGCAAGAAGUUCAAUGGCAAACAAUGGAGGCGCCUCUGCUCGAACAAAGACUGCAACAAAGAGUCCCAAAGACGGGGUUUCUGCUCCAGGCAUCUCAACAAGAAGAGCGGCGGAGGAGGAGGCAGCAGUAGCACCAGCUCGCAUAAUGGACCCAGGACAUUCUCCAGAUCCGGUAGCAAAACGAUGAUGGAUGGUGAUGGUGAUACAUCAAGAGAUUCCGAAACUUCUCCAAAUUAUGGUGGCAGACUCACUGGACAUUUUGACCAGGAUGAGACUGAAGCAGCCAACAUUAUGGUUUCACUGGGAAGUUCGCGUUCCGCAACGCCUGCGUUCUCAUCUCCCACGAUGGGCGUGCAGGGUGCAUCGCCGCCAGGUCCUGGUGCCGCAAAUUCGCCGAUGAUGGUGGGACCAAGGCAGAACCUCUUUGUGCCUAUCACCAGUCCCGCUGGCACCGGCGUGGCUUCUUCUACAGCACCAACGUUGAAAUGGAACAACAAUGCACCGCACCAAACUGGGAACCAAAUGCAGCAAUCGGCGGGGGUUGUUUACCAGCAACAUCUCAUCAGGCCCGAGCUGGUGCGUCCGUGCAUUCCCCAAAACGCAACGGGUCAACCAGGACCAUCGGCCACAAGCGUCAUCAGGAUCUCUCCAAACCCUAGAUCAAUGUCUGGGCAAGUACUGCACCAACCACACGUAUCGUAUCACAUAGAAAAUCGAUCAUCAGUUGGACAUCAGAAUUCCUUGCAAGCAUCGUCAGCAGUUUACAAUCCUCCUACGAUUGUAACGACUACUAAAGACCAUCAUCAACAACAGAGCAUCAUUCUUCAGCAGGCACUAACCAAUAUUAGCACCACAUCUUCCUUAACUCAUAGUAAUUACAACGGAAAUUCUAAUAGUGCUAACAAUAUUUGUAAUAGUAACAAAAUUAUCAGUCAUCAUAUUACGGAAAAUGGACAGGAAAAAAAUGAAAGGGAAACAGUUAUGGUUAUUGGGACUACUACGAAUUUGGCGAAUAAUGAACAGUAUAGAAUGCCAAUUCAAUCUUCAAAUAUUAAUAACUUAAAUGAUAGGAUAAUGAUUAGCAAUACCCAAGAACAACAUGGUAAUCAGAUGAUGGAUUAUGCAGAGAGGCAUAAAAUUAAUGAUAUCAGGAAUUUAGAAAUUGCACACAGCAGGCCCAUGCAUAUUAUGAAUGAAUCGAAAUUGAUAACGAAACAAGUUGUCAUGUCUUUACCUAAAACUUCUGAAACUUGCCAAGUGAUGCACGGUUCAACGUUUUAUAUCAUUCCACAACAUGAAAGUAGCAAUGCCAUACCUCCAGAUAAAAAAGUUGUAAAGCUAAUAAAACGGGAAACUAUUGAAGAUCACAUCAAGGAAACGGACUCUCAUACUACAGUUUUGCAUUAUGAUAAACCCAAAGAACAUAUUUCAUCACAGAAACCAAACUCUUUGCUCCAACCAGUGAUUGUUGGACCUACAAACCUGGUACCAUUUCUUCCAACGGGAACCAAAAUUUCGGUAUCGGACAAAAGCGGAACAAUAGUUAAUAACUCCACUCCGGUGACCGUGUUCCCAUGGCACACUCUAGUGCCUUUAUUGGCGGCUGCACCAGUAGCUGUAUCGCCACCAGCGUCGGCAUUGUCGCCACCGCCUUCUGCGCCACCAGUUCUCACACCUCCAACAGCAUCCUUGACGACGACUACAGCCACCAGGGAAAACAUUCCGCAGACGGACGAUGUGGAUAUGGCGGACGGGGAUUGUCCUGGCAUUAUCCAGCAAACUGGUGAUGAAGAUGAUGAUGUCUUUGAAGACCCUCCAGAGCAAAAUGUACAAGAACCGCCUAUUGAUACGUCUAUGAAGAGGAGAACCCAAUCUUUAUCGGCAUUGCAAGUAAACUUGAAAGAACCUCAGUCUCCAUUGAACAAGAAGGAUCCUCGAAUACGAAGGCCAAUGAAUGCUUUUAUGAUAUUUAGCAAACGACAUCGAGCUAUGGUUCAUCAGACUCAUCCGAAUCAGGAUAACAGAACAGUUAGUAAAAUUCUUGGCGAAUGGUGGUAUGCACUUGGUCCAGAAGAGAAGCAAAAAUAUCAUGAACUUGCAUCAGAGGUGAAAGAAGCUCAUUUCAAAGCGCAUCCUGAAUGGAAAUGGUGUUCAAAAGACAGGCGGAAAUCUUCGACUUCUUCAGCUACCGCCACAAAUCGGGAUGCAAUAGCCCGUGGAAAAAUUGGAUCAACUUCUGGUGAAAUUGACAACGAAUUACCCAACAGCCCUCGCACACCUAAUGAUAGUAAUAUGUCUCAAGAUGUUAUACCUGUGACAAUUUCCAACUAUAACAUUACUGAUGAAAAUGCAUCUGAAAAUAAGCCUUCCAAUGACCAUUAUGCAAAUCAAUUGAAGAAUAUUGUUAAACAAGAGAAUGAAAUGAAUGGGAAAGUUAGCAAUCUACCAUAUGCCAAUACAAAUAGUGUUAAAAUUGAAGAAAGUAGUAAUAAAGAUUAUCAAGAACACGAUCAGGAUUUAUCAGAUGAUGACCAAAUGAUCAUUUGUGAGGAACCGUCUACAACUGAAGUGGAUUUGAAGUGUUCUGAAAAAGUAGCUGAUUCUGAUACUGAGUUACAAAAUGAACCUGAAGUACGAUCAAAUCAGAACAAUAGAUUCAGCCCAAUUUCUAAUGAUACAGCGAAUGAAGUUACAUGUCGGCCGAAAGCAAUUAAGGCAAUGAUUCCAUCUAGUGAAAAGUUAUCAAUAACGACUCAAGCCACUGGAACGCCUUUAAUAUAUCCCCAUACACCAUUCAAUCCAACCGGCGUGUCCGCUUUUCAGCCUAGCGGCACUGGUGCUUUUAAAACGACAAUGCCUGCUUCUCCUAAGAUAGUCAAAUCCGAAGUUGAGGAAAAACUACAGAACAAUGUUGUACAAAUAGCUCCUAAACCUAUGGAUACGAAACCAGUUCAGGGUACACAGAAUAGUAAACCACAACAGAUUUGCAACUUGCCUAUUGUUACAUUGGUGAAUCCUACUACUCAUACAAUUUGUUGGUCUGAUCAGUCUUAUACCAAAUUUGUCUGCAUGUCUCAGAAUUCUUUUCAGAUUCCAAUAUCAGAUGCAAAUGGAAGGCCGGUGCAGAUUCAACAAAAAUCCUUACUGAUUUCAAAACCUUGUGAACUCAGUACACAAUCAGUAAUUGUAUCUCAACAUAAUGAUCAGAAUCAUUCGUUUUCAGUACCAUCGUCUACAGUGCCUAGCGUAAAUAAUGGUUCAAUUACGAUUUCCAUAUCGCAAGCAAAUGCAGGAGCAAAGUAUCAAUAUACCCCAAAUCAAAUGCAAUCCACUUUGCAAUCACCUUCUUGCUCAACAAGUGUUGUUAAUGGUCUUACAACAGAACAUGCACCAGAUGAAAAAUCUGACGAGGACCAAAAUACUUUUGUUUUGGCACCAACACCUGCGCAACUUGGAAAGGCUCCUGCACAACGGCGAAAAUCUAUGGCUGUGAAUGUGAUGCAUAACAACAUGGAAGCACCAGUUUCAGUAACCGAGCAAUCAAUACACACUGAUAACUCCCAUAUGGAAAUUGCUUCACCAUGUAUGAAGAAAAGUUCUGCUUUCAAGAAAGUCAAAGAGGAUGGCAUGGAAAAGGUUUUAGAGCAAGUAAACUUUGAUCAUAAGUUUUCUACUUUGCCUCAAUUCAAACCGAAAGAUUGUCAAUCACCAAGCGCAAUUUCAUCAGUCGCAGCAAGUCCGAGAGUGUUCCAACAAAGUUAUAGAAGAAAAAAUCCCAAUAUGCCAGGUAAUGAAGAAGAAAAUGAGUCCUUACCACCUUGCACCCCUAAGUCAGCAAGAACCCCUAAACUUGAAGGAACUACAUUUUUUGGACCAAAUUUCUCUUUUGAUAUUAGAGAACUUUCCGAUGGUGGUGAACCUAGUUCUCCUUUGGAUAUGAAUACUCCAAAAUCAACUGGAGGUCUACGAAGUGCAGGACCAGCGUCUUCUCAAGAAUCUGAGAAAGGACAUAGAAAACAAUUAGAACAGAAAAGGAAGCUGGUAAUGCAAUUGUUCCAAGAAUGCGGGUUCUUUCCAUCAGCGCAAGCCACUGCAAACUUUCAGUUGGCGCAUUCAGAUGUGUUUCAAACGAAGAACUGUCUCCAAUUGAAAAUUCGUGAAGUAAGGCAAAAAAUCAAUGCCCAUAAUGGAUCAACACCUCAGAGCUCAGGCCCUUCCAAUCUGCUGAGUCCUCAAGAGCCAUCGACAAGUGGAGGUAACUGAUUAAAUUCUAAAUUUUAAUACUGGCAUGAAAAUAUUUGAGAACUGUCUUAAAUUAAACAGACAAUACAAUUAUAAGAAGCAAGAAUUUUAAAGUAAUUAGGUGCCAUAAGCUGCACAUAUCAACAUUACAAAUUAUUUUUAUGCAAAUGAACGAUAACUAUAAUUCAAAUUUGAUGACAUAGUUCAUAGAAUAUUUAAAAUGCCCUAAACUCUUUAUGAUACAUGCGUUUACUGGUGCAUUAUGCUUCGUAGAAAUACAGUUGCAGCAAGUACUGCAAA